GUCCGGGCCGCGGCCGCCGCCCCCGCCCGGGCUGCGCUCUUCCUCCCCAGCUCCCGCUCCAACCCCUCCUCCUCCUCCUCCAUGCCCCUGCUCCUCCUGCUCCUGUUCAUCCUCCUCCUGCUGCUCGAGGACGCCCGCGCCCAGAAAGGUGAUGGAUGUGGACACACCGUACUAGGCCCUGAAAGUGGAACGCUUAUGUCUAUAAACUACCCGCAGACCUCUCCCAAUAGCACUGUGUGUGAGUGGGAGAUCCGGGUAAAGGUGGGACAGAGAGUACGCCUCAGGUUCGGGGACAUUGACAUUGAGGAUUCUGAUUCUUGUCACCUUAAUUACUUAAGAAUUUAUAAUGGAAUUGGCAUCAGCAGAACUGAAAUAGGUAAAUAUUGUGGUCUGGGGUUGCAGUGGAACCGCUCGAUUGAAUCAGAGAGCAGUGAGCUUACGGUGCUGUUCAUGAGUGGGAUCCAUGUGUCUGGACGAGGAUUUCUGGCCUCAUACUCGGUUUUAGAUAAACAAGAUCUAAUUACUUGUCUGGACACUGCGUCUAAUUUUUUGGAACCUGAGUUCAGUAAGUAUUGCCCGGCUGGCUGCCUGCUUCCUUUUGCUGAGAUAUCUGGGACAGUUCCUCAUGGCUAUAGAGAUUCGUCCCCAUUGUGCAUGGCUGGUGUGCACGCAGGAGUGGUGUCCAACAUUUUGGGUGGCCAAAUCAGUGUUGUAAUUAGUAAAGGUAUCCCGUACUAUGAAAGCUCUCUAGCUAACAACGUCACGUCUGUUGUGGGACACUUAUCCACAAGUCUUUUUACGUUUAAGACAAGCGGUUGCUACGGCACACUGGGGAUGGAAUCCGGUGUGAUUGCCGACGCUCAGAUCACGGCGUCCUCUGUGCUAGAGUGGACUGACCACACCGGGCAAGAGAACAGCUGGAAACCGGAAAAGGCCCGGCUGAGAAAACCUGGACCCCCCUGGGCUGCUUUUGCCACCGACGAGUCACAGUGGUUACAAAUAGAUCUGAAUAAGGAAAAAAAGAUAACAGGCAUCCUAACCACCGGGUCCACCAUGAUAGAGCACAAUUACUACGUGUCUGCCUACAGAAUUCUGUACAGUGACGAUGGGCAAAAAUGGACUGUGUACAGGGAACCUGGUGUGGAGCAAUAUAAGAUUUUUCAAGGAAACAAAGAUUAUCACCAGGAUGUGCGUAAUAACUUUUUGCCACCAAUUAUCGCACGUUUCAUUAGAGUGAACCCCACCCAAUGGCAGCAGAAAAUUGCUCUGAAAGUGGAACUGCUUGGAUGCCAGUAUAUCCCCAAAGGCCGUCCUCCGAGACUUACCCAGCCUCCACCUCCUCGGAACAGCAAUGACCUCAAAAAUGCCACAGCGCCUCCAGAAAUAGCCAAAGGUCGUGCCCCCAAAUUUACUCAACCACUACCCCCUCGAAGUGGCAGUGUAUUCCCUGCACUGACAGAGCAAACAACUGCCACUCCUGAUAUCAGAAACACCACUGUAACGCCCAAUGGAACCAAAGAUGUAGCCCUGGCAGCCGUUCUUGUCCCUGUGCUGGUCAUGGUGCUCACCACGCUUAUUCUCCUUUUAGUGUGUGCUUGGCACUGGAGAAACAGAAAGAAGAAAACUGAGGGCACCUAUGACUUGCCUUACUGGGACCGAGCAGGCUGGUGGAAAGGAAUGAAGCAGUUCCUCCCUGCCAAGUCAGUGGAACACGAGGAAACCCCAGUUCGCUACAGCAGCAGUGAAGUGAAUCACUUGAGUCCCAGAGAGGUCACCACGGUGCUGCAGGCAGACUCUGCAGAGUACGCGCAACCACUUGUGGGAGGAAUUGUUGGCACCCUUCAUCACAGGUCGACCUUUAAGCCAGAAGAAAGAAAAGAGACUGGCUAUGCCGACCUGGAUCCUUAUAACUCACCGGUGCAAGAGGUUUACCAUGCCUAUGCCGAACCACUCCCCAUCACUGGGCCCGAGUAUGCAACCCCCAUCGUCAUGGACAUGUCGGUGCACCCCGCAGCCUCCGUUGGUCUGCCCUCCACGUCAACGUUCAAGGCCACAGGGAACCAGCCUCCCCCUUUAGUCGGAACUUAUAACACCCUUCUCUCCAGGACGGACAGCUGCUCCUCCGCCAGGGCCCAGUACGACACCCCAAAGGGGGGGAAGCCAGGUGUGAGCGCCCCCGAUGAAUUGGUGUACCAGGUGCCACACAGCACGCAGGAAGUGUCAGGAGCAGGGAGAGAGGGUGAAUGUGAUGUUUUUAAGGAAAUCCUUUGAAGGUGACGCUGCUUCUUACAAAGCAUCGUUUUAAAGCACAUGGCCUGUUUUUGCAGUCGCGGUACUCAUAUAUAUAGAAUGUAUUACGUUAUCUGUUACUGAAAUGGUUGAGGAAAAUGUGAUAACCAAGGUACAGGAAACUACUAAUCUUGCCAUCUUGCUUUGAAGGUAUAACUGUGGCACCGUCACUGCUUGCCCGUUAAAUUCCGAACAUCUUGUUUGUUACUACUGUAAAACACUAUUUUUAAUACAGACAAAACUUUCUAUAAUGCACUUCGAAGAAGUGAAGAAUCACUGAGAGAAAGUAUUUAUUAGCAGUCCUUGCAGGUACAUUCUGAACUCGAGCUGGCGCACAGCCCGUCUGGCAAUAAUGCACAGUACUGUUCUUGAACUGCCUAAUGGCUGGGAACUACUCUCUUUGGGAACCGGUGGGUACGAUCGUAGCUUUCUCCUUUUUCUAUUCCUAGAUUGCUUUCCAGAUUUAUUUUUUUAAAGAAUUAUUAUUUGUGAUAUCGUCAUUGUUAUUAUUGGCAGUCGUAUACACUUCUUCCUCUUUCACUAGGAAGCUCUUUAACUGGGAACCUCUUGAUUGCAGUGAGCAGGGUGCCCGUUUUCUCACUUCUUGGCACCCUGUAGAACAUUAACGCUUCAUGGUACGUGACCUGGUCUCAUCCCUGCUCAUUCCGAUGGGGCACUUGGUGGCCAGAACCAUUCAUGUGUUUAUCAAAUACUUGUUUUGAGUUUGUUCAGUGGUUGACACUUGCUUUAUCAACUGAAUCAACCUCAUGAAUUCAGGUCCUCCCCUGGGGUAGGAGGGGAGUGGGGGUCAGUUUUCUGAACUUCCCCAGUGGCCCCAUGGAAGGGGGAUCAGGCGGUUGUCUUCCUAGGAGAGUCGAAUUGGGCAGUUCUGCUCUGCCCUGCAGGGGCACUCUGAGUCAGAAUCCACCCCACAGCAAUGAUUGUGGGUAAUACCUUAAUAGAGAAAUGAAUUUAAUAUAGAAAAACCAUGACAGGGGAUUCACUCAUUCUCUCUCUCUCUUACACACACACACACACACACACACACACACACACACAGGUUAUUUUUUCAUAAUAGGCUUUUUCCUGGGAGAGUCUGACAAUUUACAGUGAAUUUAGUGACAAGUGUAAACAUGACCCAAUCAUGAAUCUCACAAGGCAAGAUCAUUUGCUCACAAAUAACAGAUUUUCUUAAAUUGAAUGUCAGUCUUCCCUCUUUUGUUUUAUAUAGAAAGCUUUCUCUGAGUCUCAAAGUAGUUAAACUUUGUUUCAAAACUUCUAAUUAGUAGAAGAAGGUCAUUUUUCUUGGCAGAUUUCUGCAGUAAACUGUUGUAUGAACUAUAAACUCAGCCCAUGUUCUUUAGUUCUGAUUCUUGUCUUGUUCUGUGUAGUUAGAGGCACAAGGAGGCCUUUUUCUUUGGUGGUCACACAUGGACACACAUAGUUAAAGUAUCGCACGGAAAAGCUGGCAGCCUGUGUGAGAGUCAAGGCUGUAUGUGACGCCCAAAAGCAGCUCUUGUCACUAUUCGUGACCUGCCCCUGAACUAGUUUGAGGUAUGGUAAAGCUCAGAGCCUCUGUGAGUUGUUAGUUACUCGGUAGUGAAAAAGGAGCCCCGUUGGUGCAAUAGUUAAGCAUUCAGCUGCUAUCCAAAGAGUAAGUAGUUCGAAGCUCCCCAGUGGCUCUGUGGGAGAAAGGCCCGACAAAUUGCUUCCAUAAAGAUUACAGCACAGCAGACCCAGAAUGUCAGUUCUGUCACAUGGGAUCGUUGUGGGUCAGAACAUGACUUGACUGCAUCCAGCACCAUACUGUAAAAAUGCCUUUAAAAGCCUUAAGACCAUCAAGAUGACGCCAGUAGACUACGGAAUAGCAAUACCUACAUUUGACACCCCGCCGUAGCCCCGUAGUUUGCCAUCUUAGUGUUGAGAAGCACCUGCCCGUCAGAUUCAAGUCACCUCUGCUGACCUGUGUCUCCAGCACCGACUUUUAUAAGGACGAAUAGUAUCCCGCGUAUCUGUUUGCACAAGCAGUUCAGUCUUCGAAACUGCUUCUACAAUACAAGUAGAACUGGGCGUUUCUGUGCCCUCCUGGUCCCUUUUCUCUAAGCUUUAGUUUAUUUAUUUUUUCACUUUUUACUUGCUUUUCCUUUUCCAGACACACUUUGAGGCAUGAUUUUACUCCGGAAGGAGCAAGGCUAUUUAGUCGCAAAACACGUGGAGCCCAAAGCACAGACGUUGAACUUGACUCUCUAAAGCACAGGUACUCAUGCAGGUGUCCCUUUUCAGGUGUCAUGCUUACCAUACACAGAGUAUACAUUUCCUCCAACCCCGUGUCUGUUUGGAGCUUUAAAGAGAUGUUUCACAACUUCAUUUUCCCAAAGAUGCUUGCUGUUGUGUAAUUGUGUUCAAUCUUUUAUUGUAGGUUUUUGGGGUUUUGCGCCCUUGCUCUGGGCCUUUUGUUUUCUGCAGGAGAGGGGCACGUGUUUUCUUUAAAUGACGCAUACUUUUAAGACGAUUUGGAUCCCUGCCGCGGUGCUGCCCUUGAACUUCCAGUGAUUUUUUUAAAGUGUCUAGUUUUAACUACUUCUCUAUAUUUUACUUUCCAGAGGACAAGCCGAGCCUGAUUCAAAGGGUUUUUCACUUUUAUAAUACAUUUGUUUUCAUAUUAGAAGUUUUUUGUUUCUUUGUGUAAAGCUAAGUUUAUACAUGUUAUAUAUACAGCUUUAGAGACAAUCAAGUAACAAUUGAAAAUGUGAAAGUAAGCAUUUUGGACAAAAAUCCCCUUGAAUUUCCAUUCUUUGCUUGAAACAUUUGAAAGACUUAAGUCACUGUGGUGUAUCGGAUUCACACCCCUCCCCUCCCUCCACGUCCCCCUCCCCCAUUCAUACACUUGUAGAAAUAGAACCAGACGGUGACAGCAGCAGGCAUGGCCAUUACAGCGUUCAUAAAUGAACACUGAGUUCGCUGUGACUUGAUCUUAUACGCCAGCACCAUUAAAGGGUAGAUUGUGAGGAUCGAUUUGUAUUUUAUUAAAGACUGUAAAUCUAAAGUGAUUGAUUCUAUUGUAUGCACAGGGUGUAGUCUCGUCUACAGUUUAUUUAAGUUCAUAUUUCACUGCUUGCACUUUGCAUUUAGCAGUGGGUUUAUUCACUGGUGAAAUGGUUUGAGUAGAGAAUUUACACGGGAGUCGACAUGACGAUAUUAUGCAUGUGCUUACUGUCUCCCCUUCCCCGUGGGGGCUCACAUCAUGCAAGUGCAGCCACGCUGCUGGGAAAGGGAUUCUGCAUUGUAACCCAGAGCCACUCCAGCAGAUCAGUAUGCCGCGAAAGAACCAGUCGGUUGAGGGCCAUUGAAUGCCUUUCAGACCCUCCGAAACCACUGAAGCCCUGCCUACAGAUGAAAUACCCUUUAGCUCGGCCUUCCAGGUUUGAGCGUGAAGCCCCUCAGCUGUGAGGUGCAGGUGAGUGGUUAUGACAAUGACACUUGGGUCUCCUCGGGCACCAAGUCACAUUUAUUCAUGACUUUGUCUUCUCUUGCCUUUUUUUCCCCCUCUUGGGCACUGAGAAAGGUGGAAACAAACAUUCAGUGAAAUAUGUAUUGGAAAUGAAACGGCUUGCGCAUCAGUGAUGUCCCCUCCAGAAUGUAUUUUUCUUACCUCGGCAUGUACUGUAGUCACUCAGUAUUUGUAUAUGUUGCUAGAAUCUAGAUUGUAUAAAUAGUGAGGGUUUGAAUGUGUUCCGUGUGUUUUAUUGUAUAUAUGUUUUUUGCUUAAAUUACUUGGCUUAAAUAAAACAGCAUUGAUGUUUGUAGCCAUUUUGCCUACUGCCCGAACCCAAUUCCACCUCAAUUUUAACAUCACUUCAAAAGAAAUUUCACAGUUAACAAUACAGUUGCUUACAGCAACAUUUGAAAACAUU